AUGGCUGAUGUAUCCCAGUAUACCCUACCCAAUGAUACUGGUGUCUGUUUAUUAGAAUGUACCAAUGCUUUCAAUGCUUUAACUGAUAGAGAGAAACUCUAUUCUCAUUAUAUCUCACAAGCUUCAUUUGCUGGUGGUUUAAUUGUAUUAAUACAGACUUCUCCAGAAUCUCCUGGUAUCUUUGUAUUACUACAGAAAGUAUUUCGUGGUCAGAGUUUGGAAGAUUUAAAGAAAGUAGCUAGUGACAAUGGUAUUAAUGAAGAAGAAUUCCAGGCGUUCCUCAUAUAUGCUGCUGGUUUCUAUGCCAAUAUGGGUAAUUAUAAAUCUUUUGGUGACAGCAAAUUUGUUCCAAGAAUUUCAAAGGAAAAGUUUGAAAAGAUUAUUCUGAAUAGUGAAGCUGCUAAGAAGGAUGGUAAAAUUAUUCAGGGUCUGUGGAAUCGAGUAUCAGAUAGAAUAUUCUCUCUAGAAGACAAACAGAAAGAAUUGGGAUUAGGAGACAAGGGAACAACUACAUAUUUUUCUGGUAAUUGUGAUAAAAAAGAUGCAGACAUUACUCAAGAAUUCCUUAACAAAAUGGAUAUAAGUGCCUAUAAUACAAGAUUGUUUAAAACUGAAGACCCUAGUACUAAGAUACCAAGAUAUGAAGUUCGUUUGGCAUCUUCUGAUACUCAAGCUGGAGUCGUCCCAGGUUAUGACAAAAUAUUAGGUGAUUAUCAAUUUGCACCGUCUGGUUCAACAGAGUCUUUAUCAUUCAAAGUUACCAGGGGAGAUUAUUCACCACUAAUGAAACUGGUGUGUGAGAAUUUAACCUUGGCCAAGAAAUAUGCUGCUAAUGAAAAUGAAGAGAAGAUGUUGGAGGAAUAUAUUAAAAGUUUUACUACUGGUUCAUUACCAGCUCAUAAAGAUGGUUCUAGACACUGGAUCAAAAACACUUCACCUAUAGUUGAAACUUACAUUGGAUUUAUAGAAUCUUAUAGAGAUCCUUAUGGUGUUCGUGGUGAAUUUGAAGGUUUUGCUGCUGUGGUAAAUAAAGAAAUGAGUAAGAAAUUUGGUGAUUUGGUGAGCAGUGCUGAACACCUACUAGCUCAUCUACCUUGGCCCUCUGAGUACGAGAAAGAUAAAUUUCUACGACCAGAUUUUACAUCAUUAGAUGUUCUAGCAUUUGGUGGUAGUGGUAUACCUGCUGGUAUUAACAUUCCUAAUUAUAAUGAUAUAAGACAAAAUGAAGGAUUUAAAAAUGUAUCUUUGGGAAAUGUGUUAACAUCUGGUUAUAAAGAUACUAAAAUAACAUUUCUUAAUGAAGCUGAUAAGGAACUCUAUGUAAAAUGGAAACUACCAUCUUUUGAAGUACAAGUUGGUUUACAUGAAUUAUUAGGACAUGGUAGUGGUAAACUCUUUAUCAAGGGUGAGGAUGGUAAAUUUAAUUUUGAUAUUGAGGCAGUGACUCAUACUGAAACUGGCCAAAAGAUCAGUAAGUGGUAUGAACAUAACGAAACAUGGGAUAGUAAAUUUACUACUGUAGCUGCUAGUUAUGAAGAAUGUAGAGCAGAAUGUGUUGGCUUGUAUCUUUGUCUAUCAACUGAUGUACUUAAAAUAUUUAGUCAUGUUGGUGAUGAUGCUGAUGAUAUCAUCUAUAUUAACUGGUUAAAUAUGGUACGAGCUGGUUUGAUUGGGUUAGAAUUCUAUUCCCCAGAAACUGGUAAAUGGAAACAGGCUCAUAUGAAUGCCAGAUUUGUAAUAUUGAGAGUAUUAUUAGAAGCUGGUGAAGAUUUUGUGAAGAUUGAGAAAUUAACCGGUGAAGAUGGAAAUCCAGAUUUACGUAUCAUAUUAGACAGAGCUAAAAUAAUCUCUGUUGGUAAACCAGCCAUUGGGAAAUUUCUACGUAAAUUACAGGUAUAUAAAACGACUGGUGAUUAUGAUGAAGGUAAAAAUAUGUAUGAUUUUUACUCCGAUGUCAAUGAUACCUGUGAACCACAUUUCUUAAGUUUGCGCAAAAUUGUCAUGGCUAGAAAACAACCACGAAAAAUGUUUGUUCAACAUAAUACUAUAGUGAAAGGUGAGAGUGUUGAUAUUGUAUCCUAUGAAGCCUCAGCUGGUGGUUUGAUCCAAUCAUUCCAAGAUCGUUUUCCCUCCACUGACAUCGACAACUAUCUACAAACUCUGUGGGAUAAAGAUGCACCACAUUUUUAA